AUGUUGUGUGGCAUUUGGAUUUUUGCAUGUAGUGAAUUACGAAGUAUAUAUAAAUACUACAUUGAUGCAUAUGUUGCGCUUUAUCAGCUAAAAACAGAAAAAGAAGAAUUAAACACAAUAUACAAAAUGAUCAAAACAGAACUGCUUAAAUCAAUGAAAUAUCUUCCCAAAAAUAUUAUAAGGGAUAUUUUAGAUUUUAUCCCGUAUAAUAAUCGUUAUACAAAGUCAUAUUUGUCACCUGUCAAAUGCAUAUUUGAUGAUUUUCAUGUAACAGAUGUCAACAAUGUUGAAGAUAUUUCAAGCUUCCUGUUUUAUAAAGAGUAUGGAAUUAAAUUAUACAAAAAUGAUAAUUUGAAAGAAUUUGAAUCAGUAAAUCUCGAUAUUCAAACAGAAAAAGCAAUUUUCGGAAUGUUAUGUAUAAUGACAAAGAAAAAUGGAGACAAACAAACUGCUCUUCAUUAUGCAGUAGCAAAUAGUAGUAAAGAAAUUGUCGAACUUCUUGUUUCGCAUGGUGCGAAUAUCAAUGAAAAAGAUGGAAAUGGAAUAACUCCUCUUCAAUAUGCAGUAGGAAAUAAUCAUAAAGAGUUGGUUGAAUUUCUUGUAUCUCAUGGUGCGAAUAUCAAUGGAAAACACGGAGACGGACAAACCGCUCUUCAUUGUUCAACAUGUUAUAAUAAUCAUAAAGAAGUAGCUGAAUUUCCUGUUUUACAAGUUGCAAAAAAGAAUUCUUUUGGAGAUGAAAUAAAAAAUAAUUAUGUUCUCAGCACUGAUUCUAUUCGUAAAAGCAAUUUUUUACGAUAA